AUGCCACAUAAGAAAGUUGUAAUCAUAGGAGGUGGAAUAUCUGGAAUUAAAGCAGCUAUUGAUUUAUAUAAUGGAGGAAUUAAAAAUACCGUAAUUUUAGAAUCAAGUUCAAGAUUAGGUGGAAGGUUAUUAACUAUUGAAUCAAAAGAAUAUCCUGGAAUAACUUAUGAUUUUGGAGCUUCUUGGUUUCAUGAUUGUUUAAAUAAUCCUUUAUUAGAAAAAGCAAAAUCAUUAGGUCAUGUAGCUUACUAUUUUGAUGAUGGGAAAUGUGUUUAUUUUAAUGAAGAUUCUAAAAAUAUAGAUAAAUGGAAAUUUGAAACUAUACUUGAUGAAUUGAUUACAUAUGGAAGUUACAUAUAUACUAAAAAUCCAGAAAAAGAAGAUCUUUCAGUUAAAGCAUUAUCUGAAGAAUAUAUUGGAAAAUAUCAUGAUACAUUAACAUCAGAACAAAUUAAUCUUGUAUUAGGUGCAAUUAGAAUGUGGACAGAAUUAUGGCUUGGUGAAUCUUGGGACUUAAUAUCUGGGAAAUAUUUCUUUAAUGAUCUGGGACAUUUGGGAAGAAAUGCAUUUGUUAAAAAUGGUUAUAAAAAUGUAUUUAUUAAUGAAUUGAAAGAAUUACCUCGAAUUUAUCGUGAUUCAUCAAUUAAAUUUAAUGCUCAUGUUACUAGUAUAGAUUACGGUAAUCCAGAGAGAAUAUUAAUUAAAUUAAAAGAUGGAAGAAGAUAUACUUGUGAUUAUGUAAUUUCUACAAUUCCUCAAUCUUUAUUAAAAAUAUCAAAUCCAAAAGAUGAAUGUUUUGUUGAAUGGAUUCCUGAAAUUCCUCCAACUAUUAAAAAUGUAUUACCUGAUGUUAGUUUCAGUAGUUUAGGUAAAGUUGUUUUUGAAUUUGAUGAAUGCUUUUGGCCAAGAGAUGUUGAAAGAUUUUAUGGAUUAUCGAAAAAUUCACCACUUCCAGAUCAAACAAAACCAUGGGAUUAUCCAACAAUUUUAAUCAACUAUCAAGUAAUUAACAAUAUCCCUGCUUUAAUAGCAUUGACACAAAAUCCAUUAUCUAAAUAUAUUGAAGAUUUACCAUCAUCAGAAAAGUCAUCCAAGAUUUGGUCAAUUUUCAAACCAGUGAUUAGUCAAAUAAGUACUAUUGGAAAUGAAAUCCCUAAACCAAAAGCAAUAUAUCAUACUCCCUGGAAUAAUAAUCCAUUAGCUAGAGGUAGUUAUGGUGCUAGUUUAGUUGGUACCCAAGAUCCUUCUUUAGUUAUUAAAGCAUUUGUUGAAGGUCAUCAGGAUAGAAUUAGAUUUGCUGGUGCUGAAACUAUGGAUGAUAGUUCCAAUGGAUGUGCUCAUGGAGCAUGGUUUUCUGGUAAACGUGAGGCAGAGUUUAUAUUAAUUCAAGAAAGAUCUAAAAAGUCCAAAUUAUAG